AGUGGCAGCGCGGGAGGUUUGUAACGUUCAGUUAGUGUAAGCUGGCUUAUCUGUGCAUCUUGGAAAGGGAGGAUUUGCUGUUACUUUUGGGAAGAAUUAUUACAAAAAGGGUAGGAGAAGAAGAUGGAGAAGACUUUGAACAGAAUCCAUCCAGUUUCUGAUCCAGAAGCAACCUAUUUUCUACAGGUGUCAUGGGAAAAGGAUUUAGGCACUGGCUUUGGUUUACUUCUUAGUGAUUGUCAGUGUGCCUGGACUGGGACAGUGUCUGAAUCAGACAUUUCUAGGGAGGCUGCUGACAUAGAAAUGGACAGAGAAAAAUAUGUGGAAGAGCUGAGGAAAGCACUGAUAGCUGGAGAAGAGUUAGCUGGCAAAUACAACUUCGUGAUUUCAAGAGAUGAGCAGAAUAACGCCUGUCACUUCUCCUAUGAAAGGAACCUGAAAGAUGGCUCUUUCAGACUUGGAUCUCUGAGGCUGCAGGAAGUCCCAAACCCAGCAGAGGUGAUCAAGGAACUCAUUGGUUACUGCCUGGACAGCCUGGGGAAGCUGCAGGCCAAAACUGAGCGUCUGCAGAGGGAAAAUGAAAGGCUUUUCAACAACUGGAGCGACGUGGAGAAGAGGCUGGAAAAAUGCGUGGAAGCUAAAGAGGUGCUGGAGGCAGACCUUUACAGCAGGUUUGUUUUGGUGCUGAAUGAAAAGAAGGCAAAGAUAAGAAACUUGCAGAAGUUGUUGAGUGAAGCUAAAGAAUCCGCAGUGGACGCCAAGUGUGAAAGGGAUAGUAUAGCUACUACUCAGGUGGUUGUAAAGAGAGAAAACAACUAUGAUGCCAGCACUGAUGAGGAAAGUGAAAAUCCAGCACGGGCCUCGUUGCCAUCAGCUCCAGAACGAAGGGAUUCCUCCCUGCUGGGCAGCCCAGACAUUGUGGACCCAGCUCCCAGGAGAAAACGAAGGCAAAGGACAGCAAAGCCUGCAGGGACAGGAGCUAAGGUGGCUACUUACGAGGCAGAGCAGCCAGCCCAGGAAAAGGCUGGCCCGGCCUCGCCGGGGCAGCGCUGCCCGGACUGGGAUCUGGAAACCCUGGAAAACUCCUGCGAGCCAGAGGAGCUCUUGGAGGACAUGUAGCCCCCGGAGGGCUGGGCACAGGGACACGGCUGCUCCAGGGGGGAUCAGUGAGGAACCAAAAGGGUUUUUUAGAGGGCAAAGCCCAAACCCUUGCUGGGGCUCUGCCCCCUCCUGCACCGCGCUCCUUGCAGACCCUGCUCCUGCUGCUCCUCACUGCCAGCUGGGUUUGGGCUCUGCGUGGGCUCGGAUCACCUGCCCGGGGUGGGAGGGCACUGGGGCUGUGUGUUUGCAUCCUCACAGCCUCUGGUUGUGCCCAGGAUCAGCCUUUCCCAGGCACCAGGCGUGAGGUGGUGCCAGACCCUCUCUGAGCUCAGCCUUUCCCAGUGAUCCUUUCUCCUGUCCAUCCAAGCCCGGGCUCAGAUGGAUGCAUCAGCUUUAUUUGAGGUGCAGGUGAGACUUUAGAAUGGUCUGUUCUGAGUCAAAGCAAAAUGUCCUUUCACUUGUGGCACUGGGCAUUGUAAGGUAUUCCAGCUUUUAGGAAUAAAGUGCUACUAAAGCUGAUAUUGACUCUAUUUUAACUUUCUGUAGAAACCCACAGCGUUUGCAAUUGUGAUUUUUGAUACUUCAGCUUUUUCCUUACAUCAAUUUCUUAAAUAAAAAAAAAAGA